AUGGGAUCAACUGGAGAAGUUCAUGUUCUAAUGGUGACAUUCCCAGCGCAGGGUCACCUCAGCCCACUACUCAAAAUUGCCAAACGCCUCGUGCCAAAAGGAAUUCAUGUCACCAUAGCCACCCUCGAUUACGUUCGCGACCGUCUUCUCCGCUCAAACAACCACUCUGCAACCCUAUAUACCACCGCCGCCGCCAGCGGCUCAAUCGAUUUAAAGUUCUUCAGCGACGGUUUCAGCCUUGACUUCGACCGCGAAAGCAAUGCCGAGCGCUGGUUCGAAGCUCUAAAAACAAAUGGGCCUAAAAAUCUCUCAGCCCUCAUCGCCAACCUCGCCAAGGAGAGAGACGUUUCUUUCUCGUGUAUCAUUAGUAACAAUUUCAUGCCAUGGGUGACGGAUGUUGCAGAGGAGCAGAACAUUCCGUCGGCAGUGCUUUGGAUUCAGGCUACUGCCGCUUACUCCGUUUAUUAUCGUUACUAUAAAAAAUGUAACGAUUUUCCGCCGCUCGUCGAAAAUUCACGUGAGAAAAUUGACUUGCCGGGAAUUCCAGGUCUAGAGGUAAGAGAUUUUCCGGGGUUCAUGUUCCCUGUCUAUGCGAAUAGUUUUGGGAGAUUAGUUUAUGAUUUUGUUCAGAAAUUGGAUAAGGUGAAGUGGGUUUUAGGGAGUUCGUUUUUUGAGCUGGAGGAAGAAGUAGUGAAUUCCAUGGCGUCGCUGAAAGAAAUCAUCCCGAUUGGGCCAGUUGUCUCCCCAUUUCUUCUCGGCGAGGAAGAAAAAACAGUGGGGAAUUUCGAGAUGUACAAAGCUGAAGAUUCGUGCACUGAGUGGCUCGACAACCAGGCACCGGCUUCUGUGGUUUACAUCUCGUUUGGAAGCAUUCUGCUGUUGAAUCAGCAGCAGGUGGACAGUAUAUCGAAGGCGUUGAAGAACACCGAGAGACCAUUUCUCUGGGUUGUGAGGUCUCCGGCGCAGCCUGAGAAAGACAAAAAAGAUUCCGAGAAAAAAGUUGGCGAGCUGUCCUCUGAGUUUCUGAGAGAGACUAAGGAUAGGGGUCUGGUGGUAACGUGGUGUCCGCAAGAGAGAGUUCUGAUGCACCCGGCUCUGUCUUGCUUCUUGACGCAUUGCGGGUGGAACUCGACGAUGGAGAGCGUGGUGGUCGGCCUGCCGGUGAUUGCGUAUCCGUCGUGGACUGAUCAGCCGAUGGACGCGAAGCUUUUGGUUGAUUGUUUCAAGAUUGGGGUGAGGAUGAGAAAUGGGGACAACGGGAAGCUGAGUGUGGAGGAGGUGGAGAGGUGUCUGAAGGAGGUCUCAGAUGGGCCGCAGGCGGCGGAGAUGAAGAAGAGGGCGGCGGAAUUGAAGGAAGCAGCGAGAAGAACGGUGAGAAAAGGUGGCUCCUCUGAUCGAAACUUGGAAAAAUUCAUAAAUGAAAUCAGUAGCAAAUCAAUUUAA